AUGGAAGACGCUGGUGCCGACACUCUAGAGAAGGCAUUGUUAGCCAUGGCGGGAUAUCGGCAUAUUACUGGCGCAUCCGUCCAGGAUAGCUUUGAGCUUGCUGAGGGCAUCAUGGUGAAGCUCCGUUGGAAGUACACUGAGAGUGGCAUCAUGGUGUCUACCAAGACCAAGGCUCAGGCCAAUGACUCUGUCGUCACAGUGGCACUGGGCGUGGGCUGCGAUACCGAUGAACCCUCUGUGGCUAGUGAAAUCACAGCCGAUAGCAGCGACAUUGAAGCUAGCGGAACAAAUGCUGCCAGUACAGCUCGCCUUCAUGUUGCAAAUAACAACAUUACUUUCGAUUUCAUGAUUUCCACCACUAGUGGAACCAAUACCCCAGGUGUUAAGGAUUGUCUCUGCAACGUUGUCGGCUGCGGCAUGGCCGUUACUCGGAGGGACACCUUACAGGCUUCCAUGGCCUGA